AUGAGACUCUCAAACGUUCUACUUGCGUUAACUGCGGCGGCAGCAAACGCUGAGCGACCAGCCGAUGUAUCAAUGUGUGACUACUAUACCAAGACCCUUCUUGGCAAAGAAAAUACGCCAGAGAAUCAGGCUCUCUUGGUCACUCUUCUCGUCCACACGGUGAUUCUUGGAAACUAUACAACCCCCAACGUUGGCAUCGCAGUGCCAGGCCUGCUCGCGCCCGCAGUAGUCAAUGGUGAAAACGUCAAUCUUCUUCCUUACUUCAGCGGCGAGUACGCCACAACGAACAGAGGAGACCCCCAAGGAGUGUCUAUCAACUUUCUCGACGGCGGCGGCCCGGCGCCUCUCUUACACAACAAGCCCGCCGAUGACGAGACUUCAAACCAAUACUUCCUCGUCACUCACCUCCACCAAUACUUCGGCACCCUCAUCGGCUGCACUUAUCAAGGAUAUCCCGCCUUCCCUGCCUACGCCGGUGCCGCAUCAAUGUACCAAGUCCACAAAUUCAUGGACCUGAACUUCGCCCAGAACAAAUAUUUCAUCGACCAACAUGUACUCGCCGCUGAAUCAUUGGGCUUUUCCGCUGCGGACGGCAAGGUCUUCGGCGACCAUCUCUAUGACGUGUUCGCCGUUCGCUGUGGUCCGCCUACAUCAAUUGUAAAGACUCAAGGGCCGCAACUGCAGUCGACCUGUCUGACAAGCGAUUGCCCUCAGGCUGAGGAUUCUGAGUGCGAUCUCUAUCCAGCAGUGACGCCGUCGUCGCCAGCAGGUUCUUCAGCAGCAGCCUCCAAAGAGCAGUGCAACGAAGAGCAGUGCCGCCAGCACUUGGAGCUGUGAAAAAUUUGGAAUCUAGAAAUCUGUAUAUUCGUUAUUGUUAUAUAUUGGUUUUCGGAUAGGAGUUGGAUUUGCAUUUUAAACGAUUAUAUUAGUCAAUAUAGACAAGGCAAUUUGCUAGUAUUCACUGCAUACAUUCAUGUUUAUUAUAGUCACAAUCAUACGUUGUGAAAUACAAUCUCGAAAUGAGCGUUACUAUCGUCG